AACCAGGGCCAGCGGUGCAAAGGGUACCUGGCGGCCGGAGGCCCCGGGCUGUAGGGGUGUAGUGGAGAUGGCGGUCGAUAAGGAGCUGUUGCAGCUGGACCUCUACGCCCUGCUGGGGGUCGGGGAGAAGUCUUCGGACAAGGAGGUUAAGAAAGCAUACAGGCAGAAGGCCCUGACUUGCCAUCCGGAUAAGAACCCAGACAAUCCCAGAGCAGAGGAACUCUUCCACCAGCUAUCUCAGGCCUUAGCAGUACUAACAGAUGCAGCAGCAAGGGCGGCAUAUGACAAAGUGAGAAAAGCCAAGAAGCAGGCAGCAGAAAGGACUCAAAAACUUGAUGAGAGAAGAAAGAAAGUAAAGCUUGACCUUGAAGCCCGGGAACGAGAAGCCCAAGCUCAUGUGAGCGAAGAGGAAGAGAUCCGAAUAACCAGGACACUAGAACAAGAGAUACUACGCCUGCGGGAAGAGGGCUCCCGGCAGCUAGAAGAGCAGCAGAAACUCAUGCGGGACCAGAUCCGACUUGAGAGAGAGCAACGAGUCCAAGGCAAACAAGAUGGGAAUGGAGUAGAGGGCAAAGGAACUCCCAAGCUCAAACUAAGAUGGAAAUGCAAGAAGGAUGAUGAAACAAAAGGGGGAUACUCAAAAGAAGUUCUCCUGCAAAUCCUGCAGAAGUAUGGUGAAGUGCUGAACUUGGUGAUCUCAAGUAAGAAGACUGGGAGUGCAGUUGUGGAAUUUGCUACAGUUAAAGCUGCUGAGAUGGCAGUGAAGAAUGAAGUUGGUUUGAUAAAUAAUCCUCUGAAGAUUUCCUGGUUAGAAGGCCAGCCACAGAACAAUCCCAGCACGAAGUUCCCUGAUAGCACUAGCCAGCCUAGAGCUUCUCAGGAUUCCGUGGUCUCGGAGCGGGAUUAUGAAAGUUUGGUUAUGAUGCGGAUGCGCCAAGCGGCUGAGCGACAGCAGCUGAUUGAGCAGCUCAGACGGGAAGACGAGGAAGAGUCACAUACAUAGCAUGGUGGAAUACAUAUUCUCUCCCCUAUCUUUCAGCUAAAAACUUGUUUUCUUAAAUUAAGUCAAUAAACCUCCUUUUUCAAAAACCUUGCGGGAAUAUUUUCUUGGAAAGUGGACAGAGCUAACACUCAGCAUCCACACAGUCCUUUAAUGGAAGGGAGAGAUGGCUGUCACCUAAUCUAGACUUUAAAACAGUAGCUGCCCUGUAACUGAGGACUUUUUUCUGAGAGGUGCUAACAAAAUGCAGCUCCCACAGAUUUAAGAGUGGUAGCUGCUCAACAUCUGUCAGGAUUAGGUCUUGAAUUUU